AUGAGUCUGCCUCUUGCUGUUUAUAAAUCUCCCAAUGUGGAAGAGCAUCGGUUUCAAGUAGACCCCUCGCAAGACCGUUACAACACUACCAACGGCACAACUACAGGACCAAGUGCAUAUGUGCUGGAAGCUGGGCAAAUCGACAAGGACAAGCCAUCAGAACCCAAGCGUAACGAGAAAGGCGACUUCACAUACCUCAGCAAGCUGCGAAUGCAAUUGACCGGUCUGCAAGACGACAUGAAUGAGUAUCUGACCCAUCAGAUGGAAUUGGCCAAGAAUAAAAAGCUGAAACAAGCCGAUGAACAGCGUAUUCGUGGUGAGAUAGACAAACUGUUGGACGGUGGCGAUGGGGAUGAUGAGAGCGAAGAGGAGGCUAAGAAGGACACGUAG